AUGGGCCAACGAUCACCAUCAGACUCCGACAUGGAGAAAACGUCAACCAACUACGGCGUUUCGGCCGAACAGCAAGAGACUGUCCUCUCCGACGAUGCUCUCGACCCCUAUGGACCUUCAGGAUUUCGCGGCAUCUUCUCCUCUCACUAUGUAGCCCUCUGCGCCGCCUUCUCGGCCAUCGGCGGUCUGCUGUUUGGUUAUGAUCAAGGUGUCAUCUCCGUCACUCUCGUCAUGGACCAAUUCCUCGAGCGCUUCCCCGAAGUCUCUGACCACGCCGCUGGCUCUGGCUUCAAGAAGGGCCUCAUGACUGCCAUGAUCACCCUGGGUGCGUUCAUUGGCGCGCUAAAUCAAGGUUGGAUCGCGGACUGGAUCUCUCGCAAGCGCUCCAUCAUGGUUGCCGUCGUCAUCUUCACCAUCGGUUCCGCUCUCCAGACAUCCGCGCUCAACUACGACAUGCUUGUGGGCGGUCGCUUCAUCGGUGGUUUGGGAAUCGGCAUGCUCUCCAUGGUCGUCCCACUUUACAUUUCCGAAAUCUCGCCCCCCGAAAUCCGCGGCUCUCUCCUCGUCUUCGAACAGCUUUCCAUCGUUGUUGGUAUCGUCAUCAGCUUCUGGAUCACCUACGGCACCAAGGGGAUCCCGAACCACUGGUCCUGGCAGCUCCCCUUUCUCAUCCAAAUUCUGCCUGGCCUUCUCCUGGGCUUCGGCGCCGUCUUCCUGCCGUACUCCCCGCGUUGGUUGGCGUCCAAGGGCCGCGAGGACGAAGCCCUCCACAACCUUGCGAAGCUGCGCACGCUUCCCGACACCGACCCCCGAGUCCGCCGUGAGUGGAUGGAAAUCAUCGCCGAGGCCCGUUUCCAGGCCGCAGUGCUCGCCGAACGCCACCCCACACUCGUCGGAGGCGGAAGCCUCUCCAACAGCCUCAAGCUCGAGGUGGUGUCGUGGACCGACUGCUUCAAGCCCGGCUGCUGGAAACGCACGCACGUCGGUGCGGGACUCAUGUUUUUCCAGCAGUUCGUCGGCAUCAACGCCCUCAUCUACUACUCCCCGACGUUGUUCGAGACGAUGGGCCUGGACCGCAACAUGCAGCUCAUCAUGUCCGGUGUCCUCAACUGCGUGCAGCUCAUUGGUGUCGUGCCGAGCUUGUGGACGAUGGACCGCUUCGGCCGCCGCUGGAUCCUGCUUGUCGGAAGUUUUGGCAUGUUCAUCUCGCACACGGUCAUCGCCGCGCUCGUCGGCGUCUACUCGCACGACUGGCCGAGCUACACCACGCAGGGAUGGGUCAGCGUUGCGUUCCUCUUGAUUUUCAUGUUGACUUUUGGCGCGACGUGGGGUCCCGUGCCCUGGGCCAUGCCUUCGGAAGUCUUCCCCUCUUCGCUUCGUGCCAAGGGUGUUGCAAUUUCCACCUGCUCCAACUGGAUUAACAACUUCAUCAUCGGUCUCAUCACCCCGCCUCUUAUCCAGGGAACGGGUUUCGGCGCCUACGUCUUCUUCGCCGUUUUCUGUCUGUUGUCACUUGUCUGGACCUGGUUCUGUGUUCCCGAGACGAACGGAAAGACGCUCGAACAGAUGGACGAGGUUUUCGGAGAUCGCAGCGGUGUUGCCGAUGUUGCCAAGAAGAACCAGAUCUUCCGGGAGGUUGUUGAGGAGCAGGCUAGGCCUGUGAUGUCUCAGUCGGUUUAA